UGGAGAUACCAUCAAAAUUCUCCCAAAACAGAACAAUAAUCUUCUCAUAAACUAAACUGCGCGACUCGCUGUCUUCGAGCCCCUCUCGGCGGUUUGCCGCCCUCUCGGGGAUUUGCCGCAGUCACACCCGCCGGCCGUAUCGGCACCGACGCCGGCAAUAACCAAAGCUCGAUAUGGAGCCCUUCCACCCUUCCACCCUUCCAACUGCCAAUCCCAGGACUCGGCCUUCUCGUUGGCGGGUUUGAAGAUCCCAUUUUGUAACUAUGAAGCUACUGUGCCGUUACCGAUUGUCAAAUUUGUCCGCGCAAGACCCACCCCGAGGAGAAGGAGGUGGAAAACGAGGUGCAAGCUGGGUAUAUAAAGGCAAGAAAAAUGAAGCCCACUAUGCUUGUCAACAACUCGCUGAGCUUCAAAGUCUUGAUACAAUCACCUGUUCUUCUUUUCCCUCUUCACUUUCAUCUCCUCACACAUCAAACUAGACACCAUGGCUACUAGCGAGGCGUGCUGCAAGUUGGCUCCGGUCACCGUUGACUACACUCCCAAGGGCAAAUACGAGAGGAUUGCCGGCAUCAACACCUACAUCGUGGGACCUGAGAAUGCCACCAAGGGAAUUAUCGACAUUUACGACAUCUUCGGCAUCUGGCACCAGACCAUCCAGGGCGCUGACCGUCUCUCCGCUCACACUGGAUUCGUCGUCCUAGUUCCUGACUUCUUUGACGGCCCGGGUCUGGACAUUGACGCCGUUCCCAUGGACACUGAGGAGAAGCAGAAAAAGGUGCAGGCCUUCUUUGGCUCCACUGGCAACCCCCAGACCAACCUGGAGAAGCUGCUGGUCCUCCGUAAGGCACUGACGGAGAAGUUCCCGGCCGUGGAGGGCAACUGGGGUCUGUUUGGCCUCUGCUGGGGCGGCAAGCUGGCUGUUUUGGCUUGCGGAGAGGGCAACGAGGGUGUUGGUCGACGAUUCAGCGCCAGCGGAACGGCUCAUCCUGGUCUCAUGGAUGAGAAUGACGCCAAGGUCCAGACAGCUCCUCAUCUCUUGCUGGCUUCCAAGGAUGAGCCUGCCGACAAGGUUGCUCUGUACAAGGAGAUUAUGGGCGAUAAGAUUGAGUCUACUACUUAUGAGACUAUGCACCACGGAUGGAUGGGCGCCAGAGCUGACCUGAAGAACGAGGCUAAUGUCAAGGAGUAUGAGCGCGGUUAUAAGCAGGCCGCCGACUUCUUCGCCAAGCACCUUUAGGCGGAGAGAGUUGGUAGUUGGGGCGGUUUCAAUAUAAAAAAAUAUGUAAAAGAAAGAAUC